UCUGAUCGCCCUCCCUCGCGCUUCCUCCGAGAUGCAGUGCAACCCUAGCUGCAAGUAUAUAAGAGCAGAACUCUGCACCGCUUGAUCUUUUGCCUCUGUUUCCAGAGCAAGGAUCCAACAUGUUCAGCUCCAUUCACUCCAUCAACAUUACCAUGUUUUACCUCUUUGCUCUCUUUUUGUUUCUGGCUCUUGGCAAGACUCAGACAACUACAUUCGCUACAAGCACCGUCCCACCCCCACCAUCCGUAACGACCACACCUCCAACCCCCUGCGGGACCUUUCCCUCCUGCCCAGAGUCCCAAACCUGCACAACCGCCGUCUUCUUCACCCCGACCGCCUCCUAUACAACCACCGUCACCUGCGUGCCGAAGCCAACUUGCCUAGGCGUUUACGAGGUAUGCUCCUUCGGAAGCGGACUCAGCUGCUGUUCCGGGUACUGUGCUGCCAGCCACUGUCGAAAUACCGACCCCAACUGGCCGUACUGCCAGGAAGAUAUGGGGGUCUGUCGCGGGGAUGCGGAUUGUUGCUAUGGGAAUAAGUGCGUGGCUGGGAUCUGUUUGCGAGGGGUGUGAUGGUAAUUGCCUUGAGAAGUGGUUUCGAAUGAUAAGCUAGUGAUAGGGACGGAGAAAACAUUGUGGGAUGGGCUGCAAUGAGACCGAGGGCCGGCCGAUGCUUUGGUGAGAUGAUGAAAAAGCAGGUGCUGGGUUCUUAUGACUUUUAUGAUAAUGAUAGCGCUGCAGAUCGUUUGGAAGUUUCUUCA